AUGGAGCAUCUGGAGAUCUGUGACCCGAUCUACUUCUGGCGUCCGCAAGAAGUCGCAACAGGGUACUUAUCACAAUGGUACUCGCAGCCCUUCCGCGACCGCACAGACAACAGCAAGAUCUACGCCACAGCCGAGCACUACAUGAUGCACCACAAAGCGCUCCUAUUCGACGACGAGGAGAUCGCGUCGGCGAUCCUCGAGGCGAGCUCGCCGCGCGACGUCAAAGAACUAGGCCGCGCCGUCCGCGGCUUCGACGACGCGGUCUGGGAGCGCGAGCGUUCGCGCAUCGUGGCCGAGGGGAACUGGUGCAAGUUCACGCUGCCCGUCCUCGACGACGCACAAACUGUUCAAAAUAAGAGAGAAGAAGGAAAAGAAGAAGAAGAAGGAGGAAGAGUCUGGAAACUCGGAAACACCGACGCCGCAGAAACGAUGCAGGCACCUAGUUUCCGGGACGUGCUACUCGCGACAGGGACGAGAGAGUUAGUCGAGGCGAGUCCGUACGACAGGAUCUGGGGCGUGGGGUUCGCGGCCAAGGGCGCCGAGAGGAAUCGGUCGAAGUGGGGGUUGAAUCUCCUGGGGAAAUGUUUGAUGGAGGUGCGCGAGCAGUUUCGGAGGGAAGCUGAGGAAAAGGCGCAAGGGGAGGACGGGAAAGAACGGUGA